UGAGACGGAGAAAUGAAAGGGGGGAAGAGAAAAGGCAAGGCAGUGGUGGUAGGGGGAAGCAUAGCAGGGAUAUCCUGCGCGCACGCGCUCAUCGGAGCAGGCUGGGACGUGGUGGUGCUAGAGAAAACCUCCGCGCCGCCGACUGGCAGUCCCACCGGCGCCGGACUCGGUCUCGACCCUCUGGCCCGGAAACUCGUCCAAUCUUGGCUCCCUCAGCCCGAUCUUCUUCAUCGCUCCACUCUGCCACUCACAAUCGACCAAAACAAGGCAACAGAUGCAGAAAAGAAAAUCAGCUGGACAUUAACAAGGGAUGAAGAUUUCAACUUUAGAGCAGCUUAUUGGGCUGAUCUCUAUAGCCUUCUGUAUAAUGCUCUGCCCCAAAAUAUUGUCUUCUGGGGUCAUUCAUUUCUCUCCUUUUCAGUGUCGGAUGACAAAUCUUAUGUCAGUGUCGAAACGAAAGUCCUUAAUACUGGGGACACAAUCUCCAUAGUUGGUGAUUUGCUUGUUGCUGCUGAUGGCUGUUUAUCAUCAAUCAGGCGAAGUUUCCUUCCUGACUUCAAACUAAGGUAUUCAGGUUAUUGUGCAUGGAGAGGGGUUCUUGAUUUUUCAAAUAAUGAGAGUUCAGAAGCCAUAAUCGGCAUAAAGGCUGCAUAUCCAGAUCUUGGUAGGUGCCUUUACUUUGACAUGGGGUCAGGAACUCAUAGCGUGCUUUAUGAGCUAUUGAACAAAAGGAUGAACUGGAUUUGGUACAUUAAUCAGCCUGAACCAGAACUUAAGGGAACUUCAGUUACCAUGAAAGUGAGCAAUGACAUGGUCAGGAACUUGCACGAAGAAGCAGAGAAGGUUUGGGCUCCUGAGUUGGCGAGGUUGAUAAGAGAAACAAAGGAUCCUUUCUUGAAUGUAAUAUACGAUGCUGAUCCUUUACAGCAAAUUGUUUGGGAUAAUGUGGUGUUGAUUGGGGAUGCAGCUCAUCCCACGACUCCCCACGGGCUAAGAAGUACAAACAUGUCAGUUUUGGAUGCUGCAGUUUUAGGUAAAUGCCUCGAGAAGUGGGGAUUGGAGAAUCUGAGUUCCGCGCUCGAGGAGUAUCAGUCUAUUCGACUGCCAGUUGCAUCAGAGCAAGUUCUACAUUCAAGGCGACUAGGCCGCAUCAAACAAGGUUUGCGCUUACCUGAUCGCCAUACUUUUGAUCCAAAAAAUGCAACUCCAGAUGAAUGUGAAGAGCUUCAGCAGAAGAAAAUGCCUUAUUUUAGUUAUGUACCUUCACUAUUGUCAAUGUGAGGUAGCCUCAAGCAGGACUUAUGGAGUUCCAUGAAAUGUUUACCUUCAACAAUAUUUACAUUAAAUGAACUAAAUAUUCAUUUUAAAUGACUUAAUGUUACACUUUGCAUCUUAAUCUUA